GUUUGUGAUUUUGAGCGCUUUAGCGUUUAAGGUAUCAAAAACAAUACAGAACGUUCAAAAGUUCUUUCAUUUUUAAGUUACCCCUACAGCAUAAUAUUGGUAUUGAGCGAAUGUAAUAUUGUGGUGCUGAUUGGAUACUUGUUCUCUCGGAAAUCGAAACAUUUAGAAGUGUUAUUUUUCUGUGAGUAAGAAACCGUCAUUUAUUUUGCCUUCUAUUUUCUUGCCAUUGAUUAUCAUAAUUUGAAACGUGACGAAGAUCCGUUUGCAAACGAGCAGGAAAAACUCCAGCUGGAACAACUGAAAUCAGCGGAAUAUAAUAUUGUACAUAUGGAGUUUAUUAAAGAGGAGAGUGACGACAUGAGUGAUCCAGAACCACGCAGAGUAAAAAGUGAAGCGACUGAGUUAAAAAGAGACCUGAUUAAAGUGAAAGAGGAAAUUCAACUGAACGACGUGGAGGAGCAACAGCAGUAUCAGGAGCCUCAAAACCUCAUUACCGAAGUGACUGAAAAUAAUUCAUCACAAGGAAUAACUCUGAGAACAGAAGCCAACAGUUCUUUCACCUGUCAUCAGUGUGGAAAGAGUUUCACACGUAAAGGACACCUUAGGGAUCACAUGAGAAUUCACACUGGAGAGAAGCCGUACACAUGUCCUCAAUGUGGAAAGAGUUUCACAUGUAAAGGAAGCCUUAAAGAUCACUUCAGAAUUCACACUGGAGAGAAGCCUUUUACCUGCCCUGAGUGUGGAUGUAAUUUCACACGUCAAGAAGAACUGAAGAGGCACAUUAGAAUUCACACCGGGGAAAGGCCUUUCACCUGCUCUCAGUGUGGAAAGAGUUUCACAAAUUCAGGAGACCUCAAGAGGCACAUAAGAAUUCACACGGGAGAGAAGCCUUUUACCUGUCCACAAUGUGGGAAGAGUUUCACACAAAAAGACGGCCUUAAGGAACAUGUAAAAAUUCACAGUGGGGAGAAGCUUUGCAAAUGCAUGCUUUGUGGAAAGAGUUUCACACAUCAAAGAAGCCUAAAAAGGCACAUGAAAGUUCAUUCUGGAGAGAAACUACAUCAAUGUUCUGAGUGUGGCAGGAGAUUUUCAGAGGCGAGCAAUCUAAAAACUCAUCUGCUCUCUCACUCUGGAGAAAGGCCGUUUAAAUGCGAUCAGUGUGAUAAAACGUUCUUCUUGGCAGUUCACUUAAAGACACACAUGAGGAUUCAUGAAGAUGAUACGCGUUACGUGUGUUCUUUUUGUGGAAAGAGUUUUUUAUGGCAGAAUGGUUUUAAAGACCAUUUGAAAACACACAUCGGUGUGAAAGCUCAUGUGUGCACUGAGUGUGGAAGCACCUUUACCAGAGCUGGUGAACUGAAAGUGCACCAAAGGACCCAUACUGGUGAGAAACCUUACAAGUGUUCACACUGUGAAAAGAGUUUCACUCAGUCAUCAGGCCUGAAAGCACAUGAAAGAGUGCAUACUGGAGAGAAGCCAUACCUCUGCCCGUCAUGUGGGAAGACUUUUAACCGAUAUGGUAAUCUAGGAAAACAUUUAAAAAAGGCUUGCCCAAAGUUGUCACAGUGAACAGUUCACCUUUAGGUCCAACAGUUUGAUGUAAUCUUUUUCAAAAAGAGCAAUUUGAAAAUGUUAACAAAGGAAAUUCAAGAGAAGUGUUGGUUUAGAUAAUAUGUGUGCUGGUCUAAAGUGAUGUAGGGAUCCUUGUAUAUUGGGGAGUAGCAAUAGUUCUAAAUAAAGUAUGUGUGUGGUAACAUUUCUCAAACAAUGCCAAGAACAGUCUAUUUUUCAUUCAUAUCCAUAGCUUCAUCGAUAUACAUUUGUUGAUCAUGGCUCUCAGAGGUGAAGCAUGGAGAACUGAAAAGGCUUGCUGCGUACUACAAGACAACUUGAAAUUACUAAAAAGGUUCUUUUCCACCAUCAAUUUGGACGGUUUUCAUUGCUGUACCAUGUCGGUCUUAACUGAGCCAAUGAGCCUAGAUACGGUUUCUUAUUCUGUUGUGGUGCUGCGUAAUCAAGAUUAGAAUGGACUGACUAGGCCAGUGACCAAUCAUGAGUUGCCACAUCAGUAAAGCCCAAAGUAUCCACCUUUUUCCUGAAAUCGGAAGUUGCCAAUCUUCAGUGUUUUCAUUCGCUUCGGCAUAUAUUAUAUAGAAGGUAAUAUAAUUUUUAAGGUAUUAACUUAAAAUUGUCCAAAAACAUGUGGCUGUACAGUGCUGAUGCUUAACAGGGUCGAGAGGUUUUUUUUAUUGACAGUGCCUCACCUUGUGUAAAUGAAAUGGUUCGAGGUUAGUUACUGUUGUUUUUUUAUGACAGCCAACAACAGACCAAAUUGAACCUGAAAUCAAUUUUUACUCUAAAACAACUUAAAUGAUUGUUUUUCCGCACCUGGAUCGCUCAUUUUGGUAGUUUUUACAUUGCGUCUCAAGACCAGAAUCAGAAACAGGCAUUUAGAAUCAUCAUGGUGCUGCCCAGUGGUUCGGUCUGACACGAACGCUGAAUGUCCACGGAUAGGACGCGUGAUGCAAAUCUCAUCAUCAGCAGAGUGCUAGAGCACUUAACGAGCGCAGUCUAAUUUUUCGAACUGCACGUCUUUGAAUGCAUUCUAGUGACCACAAAUUGGCAACACUCACAUUCGAGCCGUUGUUGUCAGGAACAAGCGCUAGAAGAACACCGCUACACAACAGGAGACAAAGGUAAAAACAACAACAGUUGAUGUGCACGUCAAGAGCACGUGUGUGGGAGGUCAGGAGAUACCUGCAUUUGUAUAACUUGAGUCUGAAGGAAUAUUAAAUACAUCUUUAUGGAUCUAAACUCCUGUAAAGAAAUAGUCCAGUCUCAUAGCAGUCGUAGCACGCAUAUGCCAACUGCCUCUGUAUGGGCUCACAGUUAUAUGGAGUAUACUUUGAUGUUUGACCGUAUGCAGACUUAGAGCAUUGGCAUCAAAAUCGAAGUGUACUUUGGGCUUUAAGCUGUUCCAUCAGAAUGGUUCUCUGUCCUGAGUACAGUUUUCUAUUCGUACACCAUAUAGAACUGUGCUCAUAUACUGUUUAUUGCCGUGCUCAGAACCGUUCAUCCUGUCAAUGGAAAAGUGCUCAAAGGAAAAACGGUCAGAAACUUACUGUAUAGAUGAACAAGUGAUUGUUGGUGCCAGAGGGGCUGGUUUGAGUAUAUCUGUAACUGGGAUUUUUACACAUAACAGUCUCUAGAACAGGGGUGGGCAACUAUUUUGGUAAAGAGGCCACAUCAGGCAUUCCGUUUGAGAUACAAUGUUCUGCAUUGAUUUGGUUUUUGUAACUUUUAAGCCCAAAAAUAGUUGUGUACUCAAUUUUCUGAAGUGUAUCUGUGACUAGAGAGACUAUUCUGCAAUUGCCUAAAGUAUUGUAUUGCUCUACAAAGGUAGAUACUUUUCUAUCAGGCAUUGAAUAAUUAAAUAAAGGCUGAGCUUAUAAAUGUAUUUUGCCAUCUCUACUUCCCUGUUAAUAUAUUAUUCAAUUCAAUCUCUACAUCAGGGGUCUGUUUUAAUAAUAAUAAUAAAAAUAAAAAAAUAGAGUUUUCUUGAUUUUUUUUCUAAAACAUUACCCGUUUACAUGCUAAAAGGAUCAUGAUGCGGGUCUCCUCGAUGGUUUGACUUUCAGCACACAACUGAAUAACACCGGCUGCAUGACUAUGAUAAAUGAUUACUGCAAGAGUUAGAUUAACAUACAGGUGUGAAGGGACUUCAACAUUUCUACAUUGCCAAAUAAAAAAUAUAUAUACAUAUUCAUCUCUGGCUUGCUUUUGCUCGUAUGUUCAUUGCAUUCAUUUUAUAUUAAUUUAAUCACUGAGAAGGUUUACCUGCAAAACAUCACAAGCAGCCUCAAGAAUGGACACAGAGUAGCCGUAUAACACUUUUCCUUGAGCAGAAUAUUGCACUACAGAUCACUAAAUUUGUUCAAAGGGGAAAGCAAGAUAGAAAAAGCGCAAUAGCGUGCAAGUAUAAAGUAUAACAUUAGGCAGAAUAUUUCCAAUUUGCGCA